AUGGGAAAAGCCAAAAAGACUAGAAAAUUCGCCGCAGUGAAAAGAACAUUAUCUAAAAAAGAUCCACGUCUAACGAAUAAUAAAACAUCAAUAAUAAAACCAAAAGAUCCAGAAACUAUUCAACAUAUACCUCAAGUAUCAUCAUCAUUAUUUUUUAAAUUUAAUGAAAGUAUAAAACCACCAUAUCAAGUAUUAAUAGAUACAAAUUUUAUAAAUUUUAGUAUACAAAAAAAAAUUGAUAUUAUAAGAGGUUUAAUGGAUUGUUUAAUGGCAAAAUGUAUUCCAAUAAUAACUGAUUGUGUUAUGGCAGAAUUAGAAAAAUUAGGUUCAAAAUAUAGAAUUGCAUUAAAAUUAGCAAAAGAUUCAAGAAUUCAAAGAUUAAAAUGUUCUCAUUCUGGAAAUUAUGCUGAUGAUUGUUUAGUUAAUAGAGUUAUUCAACAUAAAUGUUAUAUUGUUGCUACUAAUGAUGCUGAUUUGAAACGAAGAAUAAGGAAAGUACCUGGGGUACCGUUAAUUAGUGUUGGUUCUCAUAGUUAUGUUGUUGAAAGAUUACCUGAUGUUUUUUAG